AGUGCCCUCGGGGCAGCUCCCCUUCCUGCCCGGCACGCCCCGCCCAGAGCCCUGCAUGGCGGCGGGGAGUCGGGGCCGGGAGCUCGCGGAUGUGGAGAUGAGCGCGAGUCCGUUCGUUCCGGAGGCAUCGAGCGCUGGCGCCAAGGCAGGGGCCCCAGCUGAGCCGAGGGCGCUGGGGAAGCCGCUGGGUUGUUGGGAAGCAUUGCGGGUCCGGGUGAAGCGCUGAGAGGCCCUCCUGAGUGACUUGCAGACUUUAGACCCGUCUUAGCUCAGCAGGGAAGGCGGAGGAAGCGCACUCCUGGAGAAGGAGCCGCCUUUGCAAAGCCCGCGGAUGAACGGGAAGGAAAGGAGGGAGAGAGCUGGAGAGGUGGGCGGGCCGGCCUAGAUCCUGAAGGACGAGGCAGGUCUGGAAAGUUUGGGGACUUGAUCUUAAGAAUAACGGGAAACCUUAACGUGGUUCUAGCUGGAAGGGACUGUUAUUUAAAAGGUUGUGUUGAAUUCAAGCAACCAGAAGGAGAAACUUGGGUAUUUACACGAAAGAAAGAAACUGGUGGAAAGUAGAAGAAUGUUUAAUGGCAUCAUCUGCUCUGUGCAUUGUUAGGAAGAGGCCUGGAAGAUGGGCCAGGAAGGUGCCUGUGGAGUGUAGGGCUAAGGGUCCUGGCAUUCUUACCGGAGCAAGCUCAGGAGUAGGAGGGUGGAAGCGACAAAGAUAUGCGCUGAGAAGUGGAUGGAAGUUUCCCUCUAGGAGUAAAAUGGAAGGCGAAUUGAGCGGAUUGGACAUCCACACUCCGGUUUUUGACAAGAAAAAGAAAAAGUAUUCUGUAGAUAAGGAAAGACAUCGGAUGCAUGCCCAUGCAAGUUUCAGAGACGCCCCCCUGGCAAGCGAACACUCUCACAAAACGAAGAAGGGAAAAAAGAGGAAGGACCACCAGCAUCUCGCCUCUUCUCCUUUGAAAACAUCGGAACUCUGUGAGGAGGCUGCAGAGGCCCCUUCUCCGGCCAAAAAGAGGAAAAAGAAGAGUGCUUUGGGGAUACAGGACGGAACAGGUGUGUAUGUCAUGGUGGAUAAAGAAAACAUCGAGAACAUGCCCAAGAAUUUUAGAAGGGAUGUUGACAUCGUUUAUAUUGACAUGAGCCGGGAACAGGAGUCGCCCAGAGAGCCCGAAGCAGACGAGUCGCCUGCAGUUACUAAGCGAUGGGAAGAGCCGCGCAGUAAAGUUCGGGAGAAAAAGAAAAAGAAGCGUCGGCGGGAAGCUGCGUCCUGCGAUGCUGCGCUGGGGGGGCCAGGCUCGGGCGCCAGCGUCCUGCCCCAGCCGGAGUCCCCGCUUUCUGCGGGCCUGGGAGGCCCCGUCACACAGCUGCCAGGCGCUGCUCAUGAAAAGAAGCCUGAGAAAAGAAAGAGGAAGAUUUCACAUCACCAGGGAUGUGAGAGCCCUGAGGCCGUGAACUCUGAGGGGACACAGGUGGCCCAUGGCCCGGGGACUGCAGAAGGCAGGAGGGAGCCCUGCAGAUUGAAGAAAAGGGCCAAGAAAAGGAGGCAGAGGGUUCCUGUUGAAAGUGCUGUCUCGGGGCUCCCCACCAGCUUGGAGGACCCGCUGCUUGACUCCCUGGGAGGUAAUGCUUCCUCCAUUGAGGAAAGUGCGACCCCCCGGCCCCGAGAGGAGGAAGACCAGGCGUGUUCGGAGGAGGCGCUGAGGCAUCUACUUUUUCUCCCGCCUCAAAUCCUAGGUGUCACCAUUAAAUUUGGCAAGUUUUCUGCGAAGGAAAAUGAGCAGUUAGAGAAAAACGUGCAAGAAUUUCUGUCCCUGACAGGAAUCGAGAAUGCGGACAAGCUGCUGUACACGGACAGGUACCCGGAGGAGAAAGCCGCCAUCACCAACCUAAAGAGGAAGUACGCCUUUCGGUUGCACAUCGGGAAGGGCAUCGCCCGGCCCUGGAAGCUCGUGUACUACCGAGCGAAGAAGAUGUUUGACGUCAAUAACUACAAAGGCAGGUACAGCAACGGGGAUGCGGAGAAGUUGAAGAUGUACCAUUCCCUCCACGGCAACGACUGGAAGAAGAUCGGGGGUUUGGUGGCUCGAAGCAGCCUCUCCGUCGCCCUGAAGUUCUCCCAGAUCAGCUGCGAAAGAAACCAUGGUGCUUGGAGUAAGACGGAAACCCAGAGACUAAUCAAAGCCGUUGAAGAAGUGAUUCUAAAGACAAUGUCUCCCCAGGACUUAGAAGAGGUAGAUUCUAGGCUCCAAGAAAACCCCGAAGGCUGCCUGUCGAUUGUUCGGGAAAAACUCUACAAGGGCAUAUCUUGGGUAGAAGUCGAAGCUAAAGUCGAAACCAGAAAUUGGAUGCAGUGUAAAAGUAAGUGGACGGAGAUUCUCACCAAGAGGAUGACGAAUGGCCGGGACGUGUACCGUGGGGUGAACGCCCUCCAGGCCAAAAUCAACCUGAUUGAGAGGUUGUAUGAAAUAAACGUGGAAGAUGCUAAUGAAAUAGACUGGGAAGAUCUUGCUGGUACCAUAGGCGAUGUCCCUCCGUCUUACGUUCAGGCUAAGUUUUAUAAGCUGAAAGCCACCUGUGUGCCCUCCUGGCAGAGGAAGACUUUCCCAGAGAUUAUAGACCACCUUUAUGAGACGAGUCUGCCUUUGCUCAAAGAGAAGCUAAAGAAGAAGGUGGAGAAAAGAGGCGCUGCGCCCCCUCCCGCAGCGCCCCGCCGUGUCUUCCUGUUCAGGGACAUCUUCCACUGCGACGACGACAGUGAGGAUGACGACGGUGGAGGCGGGCAGAGUUAGGAGAUGGCAUCCUUCUCGUGCGGUUUCUGGGUUUGGCUGUGUACAUAGGAGUGUCAGUAGCUGCUGUCAGGCCGGGGGCUGGCAUCAGACGCCGUGGCCACAGGCUGGUGUGAGAGUGACGACCUUGCUGUGGCGCAUUGAGGACGGACUGGCAUUGUCCGAUGCGAUCGUUUCAAUGUGAAAAGCAGGAGGAACAUGUGAGUUGAUUUAACAUGUCUGUCCGAUGGCAAACAAUUGUGGUUUCUGUGGAACCACAGUGUCCCGAGCCCCCAGGGCAGCGGAGGUGGGCGCGUCCUGUAAGCAUUCGCUGUGUGGGCUCAGCUGUGCGGCAGCGGCAAAGAGACGUCGACAGCCCGGCGUGCCUGGCCCUGGCUUCUGCUCCUCGCUUGUUUACGUGUGUUCUCGGCGGCGAAGUGCAGCUCAGCGUGAGAAGGAAGUUGUGGGCGUGUGUUCCCUCAGCCUGGUUUCCGUUCUCAUGCACAUGGCACAGGUGCCCAGCCCGUCUUCCUGGGGGCGUGCUGGUUUAAAGAUGUUCCUGUAUGAUGCCCCUCAGAGCCAGCCACUGAGUUCAUGUGGUGUCAACUGCGGGGAAAGCCAGCGCUCCCUUCCAUUGCUUCCAGAAAACUGGCUUUGCUAGACGUGGAAGGUGCCACGUGGGUGUGGGGCACACUCGUGCCUACUGGAGUCUCGGGCUAGCCCAGCAGCCAGGAAAGCAAAGCACUCCCGAUGUUUCAAACAGGAUUUCCUAUCGGGGUCUAGGCUACAAAAUUGUGAAGCAGGUUGGGGGAGCAAACAGGGAGGUCGAAUACCCAGUGAUGAGCCCCGAGGGGAAGCCGCCGCGGCCUGUGGCCCAGUGCACCCUGUGCUCCUCCCCUGAUGGGUGGUCUGGAGCCCGGGCAGCUGCAUCCCUCAGCAGGAUGUGUCUCUCCCGAACACAACGCUCCUGCCUCCCCUGCCCUUAUGUCUCACAGGUGUCUCCAUGGCAGCUGAGCAGGACCCACCUGGCCAGGCUUCUGGCCACGUGUGUACAGGACGGAGCAUGUGAGUGGACAGUGUCCUGUUACAGGGGUGUUGCCGUCUGUGCCAGGAUGCAGCCCCUAUGCCCUGGGUGUUCUCAUUGAUGUCACUUGUGUGACAUCAUGCUGUGUGGGUUCAUUCAUCUGUAACGCUCCCCAUUUCUCCAAACCUGCCGUCAUUGGAGGAGGAAGAUGAGCGACACGGUUUAGGGGUCCUGGGUCUCCCGGAUCCCCAGCACCGGAACAGUGUGGUGCAGAUAAUACACACUCAAUAAAUGCUCAGGAAACAAA